UUUGAAACGGUGGCAAUUAAUCUAGCACUCUUUUAGAAUCGUUUAGUGUUUGUAACACCUCUCCAUACAUCAUUCUUGUGUUUUUGACAGCUGAAAUAGAAAUAACCAACUUCGUUUCAAAGACAUGGCAAAUUGGAAAGCCUUUAUUCCUGUUGUAUUUUGUUUACAUCUCUUCAUCCAUUGCUCUCAAGGCACAUCAUCAUGGAAUCAAUUGAGAGUAACAUUUGGUAAGUUUACCUCUUAUCCACUGACCGCCAAACAAGCUAGAGCCGCCGGCUGGAAAAAGGAUGCCUCUUGCUCAGGGCGUGCCAACUUUUUCUACGGCAAUCGUUACGUGAAAGCUAACGAUGAUGCUACAAGACUCAUCUUUGACUGUGAUGGCAGCUUAGCCGGAAUGCAGGCAACUAUCGAUCGAACAGACAGCUAUCCCACAAUCCACAACGAACCGCCAUGGAUCCAAACAGAUGAUGGGCGGGUGGCUGUCACCGCCUAUUUCCGGGAUCCCCAGAAAAUUUGCGUUUGCAAAGGAAAGUGUAAAAAGCGCUUGGCAAAGAAGCCGCCAGUAGGAGAUCGACUGUGGAUCCAGAUGGCUGACUUCCGGAAAAAGGAAAAGGUCAUGGUGAUACCGCUGAACGCCAAGCAGAUCGCCGGCACACCGUGGGUUGAGGGAACCUGCGUUACAGCAAUGGGGGUCCACUACCAUUACAACAUCUCCAUUGAUUUUGACUGUGACAAGGCCUUACCGUUCUUCCUGCUGAUCUGUGAGCAAACAAAAUCUCUGAUUGGCUUUGGCUGGGGAGGACCAUUUGAUAUCCCGAGUAAUGAAUGGGAGAAACCACAUCCUUCUGUUUUUGCGAGGUCCAUGAAGCCUGAGUCAACUCCUGCUUGUCUGAAAGACUACAGCACUGUGUCUGUCCAACACGUUUAUUUUGUUGAUCCUCUCAAAAUUACAUGCGUUUAAGCGAGGAUCUACUAGCACAGUUUAGCUUCCCAAGUACCAGUUAUGGCGAAAUAAAUAAACCACCCCGUUACAAAUAUAUCAAAUCUAUUCUCAAGAGAUCAAUGUUUUAGAGAGCUAUUAACGAGCCUGAUAUGUAACUUGUUAGCGAUUAAAGUUGAAGUUUUUCCUUGCA